AUGUCGCGAUCGCGAAGCGUGUUCCUGCGGGCUUCCCUCCAGUUCUCCUAUCGCUGGGCCGCGCCCAGUGCGAAGCAGUAUGCCAGUUUGACACCGUUCUUCCAGCGAUACUACUCGACCGACAGGCCAGCGGCCGCGAGCAAGCGCGGUGGCUCCAAGGUUUUCAAGUCGGCCGAUGAGGCCAUUGCCGAUGUUAAGGAUGGCGAUGUGAUCCUUAGCGCUGGCUUUGGGCUAUGCGGGGUAGCUGAAACUCUGAUACAAGCUAUUCAUAAGAAGGGCCUGCAAGACUUGACCGCAGUAUCCAAUAAUGCUGGUUCAGGCGAUCAUGGCCUGGCGCUGCUCACCCAGGACGGGCGUCUGAGCCGGAUCAUCUUGUCCUAUCUUGGAUCGAAUAAGGCACUGGAACACCAAUACUUGACUGGUAAAAUAGCUGUUGAGCUGUGUCCUCAAGGCACGCUCGCCGAAAGGUUGCGUGCCGCGGGUGCUGGUAUACCGGCCUUUUACACGUCCACGGGCGGGAAGACGUUUGUGGAAACCGGUGAGAUUCCGGCAAGAUUCACCCCCGAGGCGAUCCUAGAGAAAGGCAAGCCGAGGGAGACGAGGAUCUUCAAUGGGAAGUCAUAUAUCAUGGAGAGGGCUCUUCCUGGAGACGUGGCGAUACUGAGAGCAUGGAAGGUCGACGAGGCGGGCAACUGCGUCUUCAAAUACACGACCAAGACGUAUGCCGGACUUAUGGCCAAGGCAGCCCGCAUAUCCAUUGUCGAAGCCGAGAACAUCGUGCCCAUAGGGUCCCUCGACCCCGACAGCGUUGACUUGCCGGGCAUCUUCAUCGAUCGCAUUGUACCAGCGACGGCGAAGAAGAACGUCGAGUCGCUCAAGUUGGCACCGUCGAAAGACCCGGCAAAGACGAGCGCACCGAAUGCCAGGAACCGGGUUGCUAAGCGGGCAGCGCAAGAACUGAAGGACGGCUACUAUGUCAAUCUCGGUGUCGGCAUCCCUACUCUGGCGGCAUCCUAUCUCCCCGAGGACACCAAGGUCUGGCUGCAGUCCGAGAACGGCAUCCUAGGCAUGGGACCGUACCCUGCGACCGAAGAGGACGUAGAUCCCGACCUCAUCAACGCCGGCAAAGAGACCGUGACUCUGCUCCCGGGCGCGUCGACAUUUGACUCGGCCGAGUCGUUCGGCAUGAUCCGCGGCGGACACGUCGACGUUUCCAUCCUGGGCGCGUUCCAGGUGUCCGCCUCGGGAGACCUGGCCAACUACAUGAUCCCCGGCAAGGUCUUCAAAGGGAUGGGCGGUGCCAUGGACCUGGUUUCAACCCCGGACCAGACCAAGAUCGUCGUGGCCACCGAGCAUGUCGACAAGAAGGGCCGCAGCAAGAUCGUGCAGGACUGCAAGCUGCCCCUCACCGGGAAAGGUGUUGUCAGCACCAUCAUCACGGAUCUCUGCGUCUUCCAGGUCGACCGCGUCAAGGGCGGGCUGACUCUGACAGAGGUUGCCGAGGGGGUUGAUGUAGAGACUGUGAGGGACAAGACGGAUGCGGACUUUGUGGUCGCUGACAGCCUUGAAACGUUCUAA